AUGUACGUUAGCCUACUUCCUAUUUACAAGAAGGUGCCAUGGAAGAGUAUUGUUUUGCAUCCCAUCAUCCAUCCAAGAUUUAAAUUCACAUGUUGGCUAGCUGCUUGGCAAAGAUUCGCUACAGCUGACAGACUACUGAAAGUUGGAGUCCAAGUUCCCCUAGAGUGCAGCUUCUGUAACAAUGCAAUGGAGACUGUAGAGCAUUUGUUCUCUGAUUGCUCUGUCACUAAGGCUUUCUGGACAAGAUCACUGAUUUGGUUAGGCUAUUCUAGAAGAAUUGGUGACUGGAAAAAUGAACUACAAUGGGUCAACACUCAGGUUAAAGGUACAUCUGGAAAGCGUCCUCUAGUUAGUUGUGUUUUCGCUACACUGGUUGCAGUGAUAUGGAGGGAAAGGAAUAAAAUCAGGUUUGAACAGGGCCAGCUUCACGUGGACAAGUUGGGCAGGGAAAUUUCAUAUCAUCUUCAUGUGAGAGCUCAAGGUCGUCCAAGUUGGAAGGCUGCUCUUACUUUGAUAGAUGGAGUUCCAUCGAGUAGGGCAGACAUUGUCCAUUUGAAUGUCAAGGUAGUCAUUGAAUAG